UGAGGGUGGUGGUUGAUUUGCACAUUGAUUGACACUAAAUGGAUACUGGUGGCAGCUGAGCUGAGCUGAGAUGUGCAGCUGAGCAGCUGAGCUGUGGCUUCUGCUCCGUGGCCGUGACCUCGAUCCGCCCCAAUUAAACCGCCCACGCGCAGCCGCAGCUAUAACCCCGCAUCGUCCAAGAUCCGGCCGGCGGCACAAGAAGCGGCAGCAGCGGAGACAAUGGCGGCGGUGAAGCGCGCCUACCUCGCCGUCUACAACUGGGCCGUCUUCUUCGGAUGGGCGCAGGUGCUCUACUUCGCCGUGGAGGCGCUGCUCCGGUCGGGGCACGAGGACGUGUACGCCGCCGUCGAGAGGCCGCUCCAGCUCGCGCAGACCGCCGCCGUCCUCGAGAUCCUCCACGGCCUCGUCGGCCUGGUGAGGUCGCCGGUGUCGGCCACGCUGCCGCAGAUCGGGUCGCGCCUCUUCGUCACCUGGGGCAUCCUCUGGAGCUUCCCCGAGACCAGGACACACAUCCUGGUGAGCUCCUUGGUCAUCAGCUGGUCCAUCACCGAGAUUAUUAGGUACUCUUUUUUCGGCACAAAAGAGCUGUUUGGAUCUGCCCCAUCAUCGCUUCUAUGGCUUAGGUAUAGCUCUUUCCUAGUCAUGUACCCAACCGGCAUCAGCAGCGAGGUUGGCUUGAUAUACAUUGCGCUGCAGUUCAUCAAGGCAUCGGAGAAGUACUGCAUUAGAAUGCCCAACAAAUGGAACUAUUCAUUUGACUACUUCUAUGCAUCAAUCCUGGUACUCCUAGUCUAUGUUCCAGGAAGCCCGCAUAUGUACACGUACAUGCUUGGGCAGCGCAAGAAGGCGCUUGCAAAGUCGAAGACUGCGUAAUCUUAUUGAUGCCUCUUACAAGAUUUGUUGGCAUAUCAUUGUGUUUCUCAUUUACAUCAGAAAAUAAAAAAUAUGUUCUUGUUCGGCACCAGCUAUGUUUAGGAUCAUCGAACUCUUGUGUCAUGUGGAUGUGGUUGUUUUUGAAUUAGCAUUUGGUUGCUACAUACAACGUCUAAACAGUAAUGACCAGCAAUAUAUUUUAGCCGUAAACCUUGCUGAAUGCAAAAUUUACCUACCA